ACACAUUCAGUUUACACCCAGUUGCCGAACGGUCAGGUUUAUUUACGAACGGAGACGGUUGAUAUCUAAGCAAAGAGCAUAAUUUUGUAAUUCUUCAACAUUCACGAAUUUGAAUAUCUCACUUGAAUCUUGAACUUUAAAGUUGGCCUCGAUUCAGGUUCAUUGUAAAACAAUCUUGUGUGUUUUUCCUUACAAAAAAACAACCUAUAACUAUCCCCACUGAGCCCGAUAUAACUCAUUCAAAAGACUGCAUUUGAAAGUAUUUUGACCCCCGGUCUUCCUGAAUUCAUCAUCUUAUUAUUACGGUCUCGGUUUCGGUUUAGUUCCUAACCUGCUUCUGGCUUCUGCUUCCACUUCCCGAAGUGCAUUUUUGCUACCACUUCCACUUCUAGUACGUGCAUUGUUUAAUCAAUUUAUUCAUUCAAGUACAAGUUGGUAAGGGGCAGUUUAACUGGCGGCAAUCGGAAUCUUGGAACUUGUAUAUUAUCUUCGUCAGGCGUGUAAUUUGCACGGAACGAAGUUACUAGAGCCCGUCCCGUCUUCGUCUUUGGUCAGUCGAGUUAGCCUGUUAGUAGUGGACGUUAUAUAACGUGUGUUUUGAGCUAAAAUUGCAAGUCAAGUUGCCUUCCGUGCGUCCAUCAUCGCGUCGUUCGUCGUCAUCGUGUGUGUUGCAACAACAGUGGUUAUUCCCCAUUAUUUCUAUUGCAACAAAUUGCAACUUGAUCGAUAUUUAUGUAGAGAUACUAUUUUAUAAUAAUUAUUUGUUGCCGUCUGGUUUAUUUAUUAAUGACACGUUGAUGGAAUAACAAUAAUUUGAAGAGCCAUCGACACCUUUUAAUUUUAGUUUUGUUUUUCUUACAAGAACGUGAAUGUAGCGUUUGUGUUUACAGAUAAAUGCUUAUAGUCGCAACGGUAUAAUUUAUUUGAUCUGUCAAAAUAAACAAAUAGUGUAACUUGGGCUUUAUUUACUUUGAAAGUCUUAUAACAAAUAUAACUCAUUUGGCACACGUCCAUUUUCAUUAAAAAUAAAAAAAAAUAGUAAUAAUUUAUUGAGAAACUCAUUUCGAUUUAAAUAUUUUAAUUUGUGAAAACAAAUAAAUAGACUAAAAAUAAAAAUGACAAAGUUUCACCAAACGUCAAUUGUUAUUUUGUUAACAUUUUGGAUUGCCUCCGUAGCUGGUUAUGGAUUCGGAAGGUGUCCCAAAUACCCUUCGAUGCCUAGAUUCAAUAUGACACGAGUUCUAGGACAAUGGUUUGAAGUAGAACGCUCAUUCUAUUUGCCCGAAAUUGCAUCAGGUUGUACAACUUUAACAUUCCAACCAGCAAUUUCCAAUCGAGAAGAUGAUCCAAGUCUCAAUAGUGUCUAUAAACUGGAAGUUGCUAUUAAAACUGUCAAUAGAUUAACUGGAAAUCCCUCUGUUAAUUUGGGUUAUGCAACUCCAGAAUCUCGCAAGUCCUCUAUAAUGGACUUUAAGUUCAACACUCGCUUCCCAGAUGUCAUAGCAAGACUCUUGCCAGGUUCAGGAAAAUAUCAAGUUCUUUAUACAGAUUAUGAAAACUUUGCAAUUCUUUGGUCAUGUUCGAGUCUCGGUUCGAUUGGAUAUUCAGAUCAAAUAUGGAUUUUCGGAAGAGAUCGUGAUUUUCCAGCCGAAAUUCGUGUCAAAAUCUAUGAUGCUUUAAAAAAACUAAGUUUAGAACCAGAUAGAUUAGUUUUAAGUAAAAAUAAAAAUUGUCCUUCUACACUUUGAACAAAAAAAAACAAUAUGUCAUUAAAGAUAAAACUAUUUAAAUAUACUAUAAUAUGGUACUGAAUAUAUAAGAUAGGCAUACUACAUACAAAUAAAAUCAUUCUCAGUUUUAUUUUAAAUACAUGCAUAUUAUCCAAAUCAGAUCAAAGUUAUAUUAUAAUAUAAUAUUAUUGUAUUUAAGAUUGUAAGGGCCUGUGAUAGUCAAUCGUUAUUAGAUUUAAAUUUAAUUAUAUAAAUAUAUUUUUGUUAAUAUUUAAUGAGUGUCUAAUAUAAUUAUAUCUGAUUAAA